AUGGCGGACGUAGUAACGGCUGUGAUUCGUCGCGGAGGCGCCGGAGGGAGUAACCGCGUCACGGACGGUGAUCUUGAGAGUUUCCUCUUCGGCGAGGAUGGUGACACGUCAGACAUGGGCAAUCGCAGCCGUCGAUCGAGCCUCAGCUUCGAGCCGCUCACGGCGCACGACGGUGACGGCGCUCACGGCGGGGGACACGGCGGGGGACAGGGAGGUGGACAAGGCGCGGGACACGGCGACAGAAGGCGGAUGAGCGUGGAGGAGAAAAACGCUUUGUGGCGGGAGACCGUCCGCGCGCGCGUGUCGUUCAAGCGCGGAGGGGGAGGGUCGCGGGGGGAGCCGGAGGUGCAGGAGCCGCUGGUGCCGCGGAGCGGGGAGCUGGUUCCGCGGAGCGGGGAGCUGGUUCCGCCCGGAGUGACUCGGUCGCGGCCGCUAACGCCGCCGUUAGGGGCGGAGCGAGGCACAGAGCGAGGCACGGAGAGGGGGACGGAGAGGGGGACGGAGCGAAGCGGCGUGUCAGGGUUCGAGAUGACUCAUCGGAGCGGCAUUUCCGGCACGGGAAGGGGAACGGAAAGGGGAACCGAUAGGGGAACGGAGAGGGGGACGGAACGAAGCACAACGGCUAGCGGAGCAGAACGGACUGGAAAAGGGGGUUCGAAUAAGGACCGAGACGCGGCGGUGGUUGCAGCUGCGGCAAAGGUUCUGUCGGUGUCUGCUGCAGCAGCGAUCUGGGGGGGGAGUCAGAAGGAGGGCAGUACUGUGGGCACGGGGAGCAAAGUGGGACCAGACUCUGCUAAUGUGUCUAAAAGGACUGGCCAUGCCUCGACCGUGACCCCGCUCUCGUCAGCAACCCCAACCAAAGGCACACCCCCGCCCACGGACUACGAUCCGUCGCAGGAAGUGCCGAUGGGCAAGCACACUCACAUUCUCCUCCCAGACGGCACCUUCAAGGUCCCCACGGGGGAGGAUUAUGAUGCCACUACUGCCACGGGUCAGCACACCACCACGGGAAGGAGCAGUGGUGGCGGGGGAGGGAGCAACCGGCCUGUGAGGCAGCCUGCUGUGCAUUGGGAGGACUGGGCGAGCGAUGAGGAGGAGGACGAAGAGCAGAUUGAUGCUGUGAUGCUGGAAGACAUCUACUUCAAGGUGAAGGCGGCCGACAAGCGACUAGACGAUUAUAAGAACCUGGUGUCGUUCCUCUGCUUCAUCGUGCUCUACCUGGUGGUGCUGUACAUGCAAGCCGACUCUACCGAUGGGUUUGAAGUGUCCACAGCACACAAAAUACUGCUCCCUUCGGGGGCAUCAGGCAGUGAGCUCAACGCCAUGAGUGGACCGGACGAGAUGUAUCAAUGGGUUAACGAUAGCAUUAUACAGGUGGUGUGGGAGGGGCCUCACUGCGGCAACAGCGUGUGUGACAACCCUUUAGAAUACGCAGCGUUCGGGCGGUUCGGAUGUGAAGCGGACUGUGGGGUGUUUGAGAACGUGACGCAUGUGGUGGUUCAUAUCCAUUCGUCCUUCUCCUCGCAAUCUGACAAGCAGGGCAGCUCGUGGAACCUGUGUAUGAUUCAGCCCAGCAACCUGUGCUGGUUCGAGGAGCCUCAGGUGUUUUCGGAGCUCCAAUCAGAGAUUGCGUUGGACCUCUUCAUCCCGGACGGCGACUGGCAGAUCAAGCUCGACGCGCCGGGCGGCGGCGUUCGGGGGAUAGUGCAAGUGGUCGGCGCACUCAGCAGCAACGCCACCCUGCAACGAACCAACGGCAGGGGCGGCCGAACCAGCGCCCGAGGCUCGGCAACAGGCUGGGGAACGGCCUGGAGUGUGUCAGGCAACGGGGGAGAGGCAGGGGUGGUGGAUACAGCACUAGCACAGCUAACAGACCUGGGAGCCAGUAAAGACGUAGUGGUAACAUGGGGUGGGUGUGCGACGAGUAAAUCAACGGUUGCGAACGGCCGAUCGGCGGUGCUGGCUAAGAGGCUGUAUGGGUGUAGGGCGACGUGUGCUGCAAUGGCGACGUGUGUUCUGGGCGCGUGUGAGAACGUGGGGGUGGAAGAGGCUUCGGGCGUGUUUGUGGACUGUGCUGUUGUGUGCAACAUGGCGCCCUUUACAAUCACACAGUACACCAACUGGACUUGUGUUGAGAUGCUACGGACCACCACCACCGUCCUGAAGAACAUCAACUGCUCUGAUGCUACGGACCACCACCACUGUCCUGAAGAACAUCAACUGCUCAGUGAACGCCACAUAUGUCAAGGCUUUGAGAAGAAACGCCAGCAGCAGCAGCAGCAGCUCCACCCCCAGCAGCAGCAGCAACAGCAGCAGCAGCAGUGCACAUUCAACCUUCUCAUCCCCACACUCCCCCACCGGCCCCUUUUCGAUGGAUCACCCAUCCAUGCCCCCCCUCUUCAGGUGACAUCCCACCAGCGCCGGUUGCUGCAGCUGGUCCGAGGGCAACCACCCCAGACACUGACACUGCAGCAGAGGCAAGCACAGGGGCAUGUGCUGCGGCAGAUGAGCAUGCCCGCUUCCUUGGAAGACCAGGGGAAACUACAGGUGAACGCACAGGAGAGAGCUUUGAAGCAUGCUCAGGGAGAGGCACAGGGGAAAGUACAGGAGCAAUCACAGAGGAGGAAGAUGCGUUCUGUUGCGAGAAAGCAGACAGCGGGUCGAAUGCUGGGCUUUUCCGGGGAAUUGGAUGGAGAUGUGCCGCUUCCUCGCCACCACCACCCACUGUGGCAUGUGAUGCGAGAUGUUCCGGAGGAGCGGAUGAGACAAGGGGCAAAGACAAGAGAGGAACACGCGGAGGGAGUGACAGCAUCAGAAGAUGUUGAGGGUGGGGUGGCAGCAGAAGAAGCAGACGAGGUGGGGUUAGCAGCAGUCAAGGAGAAUGAGGAGGCAGAGGGAGCAGAGGUGGCAGAGGAAGAAGGGGAAGAAGGGGAAGAUGGGAAAGAAGAGGAAGAAGCAGAUGGGGGCUUUAGCGUGUGGACCCACAGCAGUAGCAGAGCAGUCAGCUAUGGACACACGGAGAGCAUGGAGAGCGUUGAGAUCUCACUCCCGAACCUCGAUCUCCACCUCUCCCUAUCUCCUUUCUCCCUCGUCCUAAUCUUGCCCCUUCCUUGCUCUCAUCUCCCUCCAUAUGCUCCCCAUUGUCACUCAUCCCGACCCUCACCUCACCCCACACCAGCAGUGCCAGCGCCCAGCCCACUUGCACAGACAGCAGCAGCAGCCACUGCUGACGCCUUGUUUCCUACCACCCUCACUGAUAAUUCUGCCAGCUUUGACUCGUACUCAGGCAGUAGUCUAACCCAACCACAACAGCUGCAACCACCACCCCAGCAGCAGGAGCAGCAGCAACAGGUGUUUCAAGGCCAACAGCAGCAGGCAGACGCACAGGCGAACACACAGGCGGUCACAGACGCACAAGCAGUUUCACAGGCGAACACGCAGGCAGUGACAGGCGCACAGGCAGUCACAGAUGCACAGGCAGGCGCACAGGCAGUAACGGACGCGUGGGCGGCUCUAGGCCCCACGGAGCGGCAGCGGUGGUUCAACCUGCGAGUGGCCGUGAGCCGAGCGCUCUUCUCCUGGGUGGGGGAUGCCUGCCUCGCUAAUGUCUUCUCCGCCGUGUCUCUCGAUGCUGCAACCCGGGCCCGUGUUUCUGCCUUCUUCUGUGCGCUGCUGCACAGUCCUGGGGAAGCGCAGGGUGGGAAGGGUGCUGCUGCUGCUGCUGCUGCUGGCGGUGCUUCUGGUGCUGUUUAUGGUGGUGCUGGUGCUGGUGGUGGUUUUGGUGGAAGGCUGGAGAUUACGGAUACUGUUUUGACAAACGGAGCAGCUGUGGAUGCUACCCUGCUCGGCAGCAGUUUGACCAGCAGCAGCAGUUUGAGCGGAGGUGGUUCAUUUAACGUGGCAGCAGUGGGAGGGAAUGGCUGUGUGCUCGGCCCUUUCACAUCUGUCGAUGGAUCCAUGGCUGCUGCUGCUGCCCACUUCGCCUUUCACGGCUUCCCUCCUCCUCCUCCUCCUCCUGGGUCCAAUAAUACCAACACCAACGGAACCGCUCCUAAGGCAGCUGCUUCUAACGGGGCUCCUUCUAAUGAAACCGCUUCUACCGCCAGUGCCUCUGCUCUGCUCUCCAGGCGUGUGCGCAUGUCCCGGGAUCAGUUUGCGCGGUUCGUGGGAACCUUCCUGGAUGCUGUGGAGUCGGUGGUGGUGGUGGAUGGGGCAACGUUGUCUCGCCUCUCGUCGCACCUCUACGUCGCUGGUAUCGGGCUUGUGGAUGGCAGCAUAGAAGGCUGCAGUCUGCGUGAGUAUUUCUCUCUUUCCACUUUGUCAUCACCUUUAGUAGUGGUGGUGGAUGGGGCAACGGUGUCUCGCCUCUCCUCGCACCUCUACAUCGCUGCCAUCGGCCUUGUGGACGCCAAUGGGCGCUUGCUGGAGUGGGCAGUGGGGGCGGAUUUCAAUGUGACAGUGGGGAGAGGUGACAGUGUGCAGUUUGUGUGGGCCGAUGACUAUCCUCACUCCGUUAAGGUGCGUGGGCUGGGCAGCAGUGCGGGCGACAGUCUUUUCAAGGGCUAUGGCGCCAACCGCAUGGUGCUAUCAAGGCACAGCCGCUGCGCGCCAGACAACGUGGGCACCAUGCCGCUAGAUGGCCCGCCACACCCGUGUGCCCUCUAUGGCCCCUCAGAUGCUCCUGUAUUCACCUACACGGCUGUCUUCACUCAAACUGGCUCCUACAAAGUGGAGUGCGGGCGAUUUGGGGCCGAUAUGACUGCGACAAUACAUGUUGUGGAUGAUAGCGAGGAUGACUCUACUUUUCUCCUCGACCCAUUCUUUGAUGCCAACACCAACACCACCAACAACACCACAACCCCACCAAUCUCUCCACUCACCUCCUCCUGCUACCCCGGCUGCUCAUUCGGCAAUCUAGCCGACGGCCGCUGCGAUCCCCUCUGCAACAACCACCACUGCGCCUUCGAUGGGGGUGACUGCGAGUGCGCUACUUUGGCUGGAAGCGGCGGGGGAGUGGGGGGGGAGUGUCCGUGCCCUGCUGGACAGACCAGGUCGGAGGCAGGCUCGUGUUGCCCCACCGAUGCUGUCGGCACGAACCUGCUGUUUCCGUUCCAGCUGCGCUCGUUCGGCCCGGACGCGCAUGCGAGCAACACACAGUUCUCAGAGCUGUAUGAGAAGCCACUGCACCGGCACGUGACCGAGAGGAACAGGCUGCUAGUGGGUCUCUACGUGCUGCAGACCCGCUGGGGUUCCCGCGAAUGCCCUUCCAAGAAGUUUUCAAACAUCUGGCCUCACUGUCUGACAAACGCCACCAGCCUGACCUCCUUCGGCAUCAACCCACGCUUCCUCUCCACCUCCGACCUCUACGACCCUGUAGUCGCCGCCACCAACCAGACGGGCCUUGAGAACUCCACCUUGAGCUCGGCGCCUCUAUUUAAUGACGAAGGACUGCCCUACGGCUUCGUUCCCCCCAUGGACGGGCUGGAGUCCUAUUCGCUCGUAUUCGACAUCAAUCUGCACCGAGUGGCGGCCACCAAGCGCCUGCAGUACCUCGUGGACGGAUUCUAUUUCGACAACCUCACCAAGUCCAUUGAGUUCGCCCUCAUCACUUACAACGCGGAUGUCAACAUGUUUGUGCUCUCCAAGAUCCACAUAGAGGUGGACGUUGGAGGGAAAUUAGGCUACACGUACCGCCUGGUGCCAAUCCCGGUGGAGCCGUACUCGUCCGCGUCCUCCUACGCACAGAUGGUGCUCGAGAUCAUCUACGUGGUGUGUGUGGCCUACAACCUGCUGGAGGAGGUCAACGAGAUGUUUCAGACGUACCGCCACUCAGGCAGCUUUCUUCACCACUUUCGCCAGUUUGGCAACUGGAUCGACCUGCUCUCGCUGUCGAUCCAAGUCUGGGGCAUCGUCGUCUGGAUCAUCAUGGUGCAGCAACUCUCGCCCCUCUCCGACAUCAGCGUGCGCUACAACGUGUACACGUCCCUCGACGACACGACAGCACAGUUCUGGGCGGUCAACACGACGAAUGGGGGCUUUGAGAGGGCGAUGCAGGUGUAUCGCACCAUGGAUGACAUUAUUAAGCUGCGCUCCUUCUACUUUGCUAUUCAAGGCAUCAAGAGCCUUGGAGAGGGCGGUGAAGUGCAGGUGUAUCGCACCAUGGAUGGCAUUAUCCAGCUAUGCUCCUUCUACUUCGCCAUUCAAGGCAUCAACGUGUUCCUGAUGGUGCAGCGCCUGCUCAAGCUGAUGGACUUCCAACCCCGAAUCGGCAUCAUCACGCACACCAUGGCAGCAGCGCUGCCAGCCAUCCUGCACUUCUUCCUCGUCUUCUCCCACACACCAUCCUCUUCUCACCUCUCUCUCCCCUCUCUCUUCCCUCUCCGCCCUCCCCUCUCCCCUCCCCCCUCCCCCCUCUCCUCUCUCCCUUUCUCCCCGCUCCCUCCCCCCCUGCUCCCCCCUGGCAGCGUCUUCCUCAUGGUGCAGCGCCUGCUCAAGCUGAUGGACUUCCAGCCCCGAAUCGGCAUCAUCACGCGCACCAUGGCAGCGGCCCUCCCAGCCAUCCUGCACUUCUUCCUCGUCUUCGGAAUCAUCUUCCUCGGCUUCUCCUUCUAUGGCUACCUCGUCUUCGGCCGAACGCUCGAGCAAUUCCGAACCAUCCCCAAUGCCAUGCUCUCCUGCUUCUUCAUGCUGAUUCAAGACAACUCCACCGCGUAUUACUACGCGAUGCUGGAGGGUUGGGAGCGGUUGGCUGCGUUUGUCUUCUGGCUGUCGUUUAUUGUCAUCAUGGUGUUUAUUCUGAUGAAUGUGGUGAUUGCGAUUGUGGUGGACGCAUUUAUGGACGUUAAGGAGGCGGCUCAGGAGGAGACGGCACUCCCCAUUGAUAUAUGGAUUCUGCUGCGGAAUCUCUGGCAGCGGAUUUGCACGCCGUAUUGGAGUUUGAGGAAGCUGAGGCACCAUCUUCUGUUCCUUGGCACGCAUGAGAAGACCCGAGAGGAGGAGGAGGCACUGGCAAAGCAGCGCAAGUCGGCACUAUCAGAGGUGGCAAGGAUGCUGCGCAAGGGGUGCUUCCAGUCUCAGGAGGAGCGCGAGAGAAUGAGACGCAUGCACCAGACGAAGAGGGUGGUGGACGUGGGCAUUGAUAUGAUGGACAUGACGUCGCUCAAUGCCCUCAUGACCCGCACAUAUGAGCGCAAGAUGGCGUCUAUGAGUCCCACCAAGGCCAGCAAGUCGUCCCAAGUGAACCCAGAAACCAUAGCCGAGUCAGUCAUGGGGCAAUUCGGGGAGAACGUGGAAGUAGCUCUUUUAGGAGAAAAACCCAAGAAAGGCAAGAGCGGGGAGAUGUCUCACAUCAAACGGUCCCUGCAGCGGCUGGAAGAGAACGCAGAUGAGACAGCGUAUGUGCUGCUGCAGGUGCAAGAGUCUCUGGAGAAAAUGAGAAGGGAGCAGGAGGAGUUGCAGCAGCAGCAGCAGCUGAUGCUGCUGCGGGGGUCUGGGAAGGAGAGGCGGCCGGAGUUGGGGUUGGUGAGGGGGGGGCGGCAGUGGAGUAGAGUUAGGAGGCGAUUUGAGGAUGAUGAUGAUGGUGAUGAUGAUGAUGCUGAUGUUUCUGCUGCGGCUGCUUCGCGCGGUUGGGGUGGCGGCGGCGGGAGCAGCAACCGUGGUGGUUUUGGCGGUGCUGCUGCUGGUGAUUCUUCUGGGUCUGGUGCUGGUGCUGGUGCCGCUGGUGCUGGUGGCGAUGGCACUGGUGAUACCGCUGUGAGUGGCUCUACCAAGGGUAUAACUCACUCCUCCAGUGCAGGGGAGGCAACUUUAACCGCACUGACCAGGCAGUUCCCUCGAUCCAUCUCAGGCAUGAAAGGAAGCCUCUCUUUCGAGCAGCUCGCUCCCACCUCCCCCACGCGCACCCCGACGCUCCACACCAACAGCCUGCCAAGUCCCAUCAUACCUGGGUUUAUGAGUAGGAGGAGGACCGACAGUGCGUUGCUACCAGGCAGCAGGCAGAAGCCUCACCUUGGUGGGGGGUUGGGGCGGAUGGGCGGCGAGGAGGUGGGGAACACGAGUGGGCGGCACCGGCCGGUUGGUUUUGGCAGCAUGCCGAGAGGGGCGGCGGAGGAUCUGAGCAUGAGAAGGAAAAUGGUGGAUUUUCCUUCUAUGGGAGCCGGGAUGGGUACCGGUAUGGGGAUGAGUGCGGGGUGGGGAAUGGGUGAGGAUGUGGGGAAUAUCAGCGGGCGGCGACGAGCUUUAGAGUAUGGGUCAACGAGACGAGGAAUGCCGGGCGGUGGCAUGGUUGGAGCGGGGAUGGCGUCUCCUUACCGGGGCGGCGGGUUCUUAGGCUCGGGAACGGCUGGGUUUGCCCAGCCUCGGUCGAUCAUGGCAGAUGGUGGGUUCGGAAACCGGAAGUUCGGGGAAGGCAUGGGGGUGGGUAGUAGGAGAAUGCCAGGAGGGGAGAAGCAAGGGAAUAGGGCUUCGGCAUUGCUGGCGGAGCUUCAGGCUGCCCGGGCGGUGGGAGGGGCGGGGAGUUGGACGAGGAUUCAUGAAGGGGAGGUGAAAAGAGUGCAGGUGAAAGGACUAAUGCAAAGAGAGGGUGGUGGCGAUCUGUGA